AUGAGACGAUAUUUCUCCAGAUAUGGGGACGGGAGUUUCAGUUCUUCUUCCGCUCACUGCGGGACUUUGGGUGGCGGAGAGAGGAGAUUCGGAGGGUUUGGGCAAGGGUAUGGCAGCAGGAGCCUCCACAACCUUGGAGGGUUCAGGAAUGUCUAUGCUGGUGGCGGCUACGGAGGAGAAGGAGUAAGAUAUGAGAGAUGCUUUGGGUUUGGUGGCUGGAGACAACCUGAGAGGGGCUUUGGUGGAAGAGGAUAUUUUGUGGGAGGCUUUCAAAGUGGUGAAACGGGGCUUGGUGGCACCUACAGAGGAGGCUCAGGCAGGGAGGUGCUCGGACGAGGCCUUGGAGCAGGGGAAGAAGGGGCUGGGCAGGCUGGAGUUCUCCGAGGCAUUGAGGAGGUCCAUGUCAACACCAACCUGCUGAGGCCAAUACAGCUCCAGGUGGACCCCGAGUUCCAGCGAGUGCGCUCAGAUGAGAGGGAGCAGAUCAAAGCUCUCAACAACAAAUUCGCAUCGUUCAUCGAGAAGGUUCAGUGUCUGGAGCGGCAGAAUCAGGCACUCUUGGCCAAGUGGGAACUUCUGCAGCAGCAAAGCUCUGGCCCCGAGGAGAGCAGGAACAUCAACAGCUUCUUUCAGUCCUACAUCACCAACCUGCAGCGGCAGCUCGAGACGCUCCAGAGCCAGAAGGAGCAGCUGGAUCCCGAAGCCUACAACAUGCUCCAGCUUGUUGAGGAGUAUAAAAACAGAUUCGAGGAUGAGAUCAACAAACGCACGUCCAAGGAGGAGGAGUUUGUGGAGCUUAAAAAGGAACUGGACAGUGCCUACAUGGGAAAAAUGGAGUUUGAUGUCCGAGUGGAUAUCCUGAGGCAGGAGCUGGAGUUCCUCCGGUGCCUAUAUGAAGCUGAGCUGUCCCAGCUGCAAACGGUUGUUGGGAACACGGAUGUUAUUCUGUCCAUGGACAACCACAGGGAUGUGAACAUGGACGGGAUCAUCGAGGAGGUCCGGCGGGAAUAUGAGGGGAUCGCCCACAGGAGCACAGCUGAAGUGGACGCCAUGUACCGGGGCAGGUACCAGGACCUGCAGAACAUGUGGGUGAAUCAACAAGAGCAGCUGAGGAACAGUCACCAGGAAAUCCAGGAACUUGCCAGGCAGAUCCAAAGGCUCCAACCCGAAAUUGAAAUCACAAGGAAAAGGAAUUCCAGCCUCCAGGACUCCAUCAAAGAUGCUGAGCACCGUGGGAGCUCGGCCAUCAGGGACGGCCAGGAGAAGCUCCGGGAGCUGGAAAAUGCCCUCCAACAGGCCAAGGAUGACCUUUCUCAGCUUGUCCGUGACUACCAGGAGCUCCUGAACGUGAAGCUGGGCCUGGACAUUGAGAUCGCCAUGUAUCGGUCACUCCUCGAGGAGGAGGAGAACAGGUGGGGGCAAAAUCCAUCCUGGGUGAAGAAACACCCAGACAGAGCAGAGUGUCCGUGGAUCUGUCCCUGGGAUCUCUGGGAUGGACCGGGCCUGGGAGGAGUCACCUUUCUGCAGAUCGUUGGUAAAGCCUAA